AGCUGCAGCACAUUCAAACGUUAGUUUCAUGAUGAUUAUGAUAAGCAAAUAUAGAUGGCACCACGAUUGCAUUAGUCCAACCAUGCUUUAUUGAUUAAUGUAGGUGGAGGCAUUGUCAGCGGCAAAAUCGAUAUUCACCUCCUUCGCCGCUUACAUGUUGUUUCGUUGAUAUUUCGCUACCCAGAGUAUAAUUUUAGCCUGAGCUAGGCUCAUCAAAACUCUCGUUAUUGUCCUGUUGACAAUUAAAUUGAUCACUCAAAAACCAUUAAAACAAAUAGUGCAAAGUAAAGUGGCAUACUAAAACAUUUUAUUUUCAAAAUAACAUUUCCAAAUUGAUUUCUUGCGGCGCAAUACAAGUAUUACACUUCAGUCGUUUUACAAAAAAAAAGCGAACGUUUAUAUUGGGCUGAAGAAAAUUAAGUGUUGAUAGUACAGUGAAUCAUAUUUUUGGCCAUUACUUAUUGAAAUCAAGAAAAAGCAGAUUUAUAGAAACUUGGUAUUAUCUGCAACUUUUCGGGCAGAUAGAAAUCAGCUGUGUUGCGCAUGUGCCUAGUAUUUUGAUGAUUCGCCCCAGAGUAUUAAAGACAAAAUCAAUUGAAAAAGAAUAGAGACAGACGAGAUAGCGAGAAAAUGUUGGAUCAAGAGACAGCGGGUAGUGCCCAAGACACGAUUUAUUUAUGUAAUUUUCGAGUAUCGGUCGACGGAGAAUGGCUUUGUCUAAAGGAGCUGCAAGACGUCGAUUACGCGAUGGCCGACUCAAUGCAACGUUCGCCGUCUCCUCCAUUAGACAUCAUACCAAUAGGUAGUCGAUGUGAAAUGCAUCAACCAAACGAUGAUGAGGCAGAGCUUAUUGAUGGCGAUAUUCUUUCAUCACCUACUGCGCAGCACGAGUCUUAUUUGUCUCGAGAUCCCGUGAUAAUUGAGCGGAGCAAUCUAGUAAAUAUAUCAAAACUCAUCGUUAAAGAGCUCAUUGAAACUUCCUUAAAAUAUGGACGCAUGUUGGAUUCUGAUCAUAUGCCUUUGCAACAUUUUUUCAUCGUUCUUGAACACGUGUUAAGACAUGGAUUGAGGCCUAAAAAGGGCUUACUUGGACCAAAGAAAGAGUUGUGGGAUAUUCUUCAGCUCGUUGAAAAGUAUUGUCCUGAAGCUCAAGAUAUGACUUCUAGCAUACGUGAUUUACCUACUGUGAGAACUGCAAUGGGUAGAGCUCGAGCCUGGUUGAGAAUGGCACUAAUGCAAAAGAAACUCGCAGAUUACCUCAAAGUAUUGAUAGAUCACAAAGAUGAUCUACUUGCAGAGUAUUUUGAACCUGAUGCCUUGAUGAUGAGCGAUGAAGCAAUAGUCAUAAUGGGACUGCUAGUUGGUCUGAACGUAAUAGAUUGUAAUUUUUGUGUUAAGGAAGAAGAUUUGGAUUGCCAACAAGGUGUUAUUGAUUUUUCACUGUAUCUCAGAAAUAGUAACCACAUACCUGGAGAGUCACCAGAUGAUGAACUUGAUAAUGAUAAUAUGACUACGGUUCUGGAUCAAAAAAACUAUAUUGAAGAAUUGAAUAGGCAUUUAAAUGCAACAGUGCAAAAUCUCCAAGCCAAAGUUGAAUCUCUUACGACGACGAAUGCGUUGAUGAUAGAAGACUUGUCGAUUUCGAAAAAUAACCUUCUUUCUCUUCAUUAUGAGAAUCAACAGUUAAAAAAAGAGUUAGGAAUCGAAAUCAAAGAGAAUGAGAUAAGUAAAGUUCCAUUCAAAAUAACUGAAACAACUACAGAAGCUGAAGAGCUUAGGUGUCGAUUAGAAAUGGAAAGAAAAUUAAGACAAGAAGCUGAAAAAGAACUUCAAAUGCAGGUUUCUAUGAAAUCAGAAAUGGAAGUUGCCAUGAAGCUUUUAGAAAAAGAUAUUCAUGAUAAACAAGACACUAUUGUAUCGCUGAGGAGGCAACUUGAUGAUAUAAAGCAAAUUAACUUGGAAAUGUAUAAAAAGCUUCAGGAAUGCGAAAAUUCACUAAAACACAAAACAGAACUGAUUUCUAAAUUGGAAGCAAAAACCUAUUCAAUGACUGAUAUCAUCCAAAGGAUGGAUGAAAAGUACAAAGCAAUCGAGGAUGUUCGCUCGGGGCAAGAGGAGCGAGUACGAGUUUUGGGCGCCGAGGCGGCCGAGAAGGAGGCGAGGGCAACCGGUAUCGAGCGAGAACUGAAAAUCGAGCGCGAAUGGAGGGCCUCGCUGCAGGAGUCAUCGAUCGGCAAUAUCGAGAGAAUAUCCCAGCUGCGCCAAGAGGUCGAUCAACUGAAGAUGGAGUCGGAGAAGUACAAGCAACUUCAAGAGGAGCACUACGCCCUCAAGGAGAUCUGCUCGGAGCAGGAGCGCACCUUGGAGGAGCUCGGGGCUCAGCUGAGCAGCGCCAAGCUGUCGGUCGCAGAGCUGCGCGAGGCCUGCUCGUUUCAGCAGGCGCAGCAUCAGCAGGCGCAGCUCGACGGCACCGCCGCCUGGGCCAACGACCGCAUGGUCACCCAAUGCAAGGGCUGCAGCCGCGAAUUCAACAUAGCACGUCGCAAGCAUCAUUGCCGUUAUUGCGGCAAGAUAUUUUGCAACUCGUGCAGCGACAACAGCAUCGCCUUGCCGAACUCGACGAAGCCGGUGCGCGUCUGCGACGAGUGUCACGUCGUCCUCGUCGGCCGCUACUCCCUGGUGCAUUAAGAGGAAAACAGCCAGUCCAACGCCGAGUUAUGGAUACAUACCUUAUGUACUAUAUAGACAGUGCCUUGCAGCUAUUGAUGUAUGCGUUUGUAUACAUAAAUCAUUCUGCGCGUUUAAAAUUAUGAUCGUUCUCGUUUUAGCGUGUAUGUGUAAGGCCACAUCUUGUUUGGACCGACUGACACGUCCAUUUCCAUGUAAAGACACAUUACAUUUUAUUGAGAAAUUAUCAAGUCUAUUUUUUAGCACAAUUUUUAAAUAAAAUUUUUAAUCUUCCAAGACAAAACGUGAUGGGAGGGGUCUCACACAUUUGUAACUUUAGAUCGUGUUAUAUCAAAAAAGAUUUUUACUCGUUAGUGUUACAAGAAAGAAGCUAUUUUUACGCAUAUAGGUACUUUUGCACGCACAAUGUAUGCUAAAAGGAAUUAUUAUAUUGUUAUAAAUCUUAUACGAUGUAAAAAGAUUCAAUUUUUAUUAUAUUGUACAAGGAGAA